GCGCAGGAAGAUGCGGAGGCGCAGCCCGGCCGCCCGCGGCGAGGGAUGAGCCUAGACGGGGAGAAGAUGACCGAGGAAGCCUACCCUGACGAUGACAGCUAUAUUGUGCGAGUCAAAGCUGUGGUUAUGACCCGAGAUGACUCCAGUGGGGGAUGGUUGCCGCAAGAAGGAGGCGGUCUCAGUAGAGUUGGCGUCUGCAAGGUCACGUACCCGGAGGGCAAUGGAAGAAGUGGAUUUCUAAUCCAUGGUGAAAGGCAGAAAGACAAACUGGUGGUGCUGGAGUGCUUUGUGAAGAAGGACCUGGUGUACACGAAGGCGAACCCCACCUUCCACCACUGGAAAGUCGACAACAGAAAGUUCGGGCUCACUUUUCAAAGCCCCGCUGAUGCUCGAGCCUUCGACAGAGGAGUGAGGAAAGCCAUCGAGGACCUCAUUGAAGGGUCUACGACUUCCUCGUCAACGCUUCACAACGAGGCUGAGGUCGGCGAUGAUGAUGUCUUCACUAAUGCUACAGAUAGCUCCUCUAACUCCUCUCAAAAAAGGGAACAGCCCGUGCGAACUCUGGCUUCUCCUGCAUCCUGCGAACAUCGAAGAAUUUGCACUCGUGGACACCUUUACGACCAUUAUAGCUCUGACCACUACCAUCUAGAACAAUCAGUACCGCGAUCCUACCGGCAUGUCAACUUUCCAGACGAUGAUGAGGAGAUAGUGCGCAUCAAUCCUCGGGAAAAGAUUUGGAUGACUGGAUACGAGGACUAUCGCCAUGCCCCAGCGCGAGGAAAGAACUUUGAUCCUGAUGACAUGGACUCCUAUGUACGUUUUGCCAAAAGCGAGGCCUCAAAACAUGAAUACACUUAUCCUUACAUAGACAACUCGGACUUUGACCUGGGUGAAGAUAUCAAGGGUGCUGUGAUAAAGACUCAACCUGUCAAAUUCAAGCCCAGGCGGAAGGAAGAUGGUGAGAGGUCGCGGUGCGUGUACUGCAGGGACAUGUUCAACCACGAGGAGAACAAACGGGGUCAAUGCCAGGAUGCUCCAGACCGCGUCAAGACUUGCAUCCAUCGAGUGAGCUGUAUGUGGUGCGCAGACACUAUGCUCUAUCACUGUAUGUCCGAUCCAGAAGGAGACUAUACAGAUCCUUGCUCGUGCGACACCAGUGAUGAAAUGUUUUGCCUCCGGUGGAUGGCCCUUAUCGCCUUGUCUUUCAUUGCUCCAUGUAUGUGCUGUUACUUGCCGCUUCGGGCUUGUUACCACUGUGGGGUUAUGUGCAGGUGCUGUGGUGGAAAACACAAAGCUGCUGGAUGACUACAGAUGCAUUCAAAGUGUUACGUUUUUCCUGUAGUUCAAGGAACACGUUGGUUUUGGAGCAUUGAGAUCACUCAUUUUGAUGCAGCCACUGUGCCCAACAGCAUCCAGAAACCACCAGUUCGGAUCACUUUACAUUCAGUCGUCUGGGGCUCACACUGCAUUGAUUUGCUCAUCAAGUGUUCUAACUAACUAACCUACAGCAUAGACUUUUGUAUUAUUAAUCUGUAAUCAAAACAGACUGUCUUGUA